CUCCCCCUUUUCCUUCCUCUUCCCCCUCUGACAAGUCCUCUUUUUGGGGAAUCCCCAAAGCCCUGGGCGACAAGGAACGGAAGAGCUGCAGCACCAGCCUCCUGUGGGGCAUGGGGAGCAGGGAAGGGUGUGCAUCACAAAUGAUAGUGUCAGAAAAGGUGAUGGAGAAUCAGCUCCUGGUAAAAUGGGAGUGCUGAGAGGAACUAAAACCCUUGAAAACUGAUUAGACUUGAAUCCUCAUCGAACCUGAUGCUGGCUAUGCUGGACCAAGUUAGCCCUGAUCUUGCUGUGAGCUGUGGCAGUCCUUGUCAGGUUUGUCAAGGUAUUUGACUCACCUGGCCUAGUCUUCUGGGAGCGUUCUCCUCCUCUCUGCUUUUGCAUGUGGUAUGCAGGCCUUAAGGGCAUAGAUCUGCUGUUCUCCUGAGGCUGGAUUGGCUCCAUGCCCCUGGUACACAGACCAGCUGUCAGGGCAGUGCCACUGUACUGUGGUUGAGGCUGGUGAGGCGAGGGCAGCUGUCUCUUGAGGACUGCAGUGGUGCAUGAAUUCUUGCUAAGGCCAGGGAUACGCUGUCUUUGCACAGGGAGCAGGAAGCAGCCUCUGCCUAUUGGUAUGAGGUGGAAGAACUGGAUCUGCCUCCAGGACUUACUUGCCCCCAAGCUCUCAGCUGCAGAGGGCAUAGUGGUGCAAGGGAUUGACACUGCUGGAGCUGUGAUGCUGUGUUGGAGCCAGCCUCUCAGUCCCCUUAGUCUUGCAGGCCAGUGGAACGGGUCUGUGUGGGUGGCAGAGGUCAACCUGAGCUGGAUGGAUGAGCUGGGUGAGGGGUGUAGCUGACGUAGGGACCUGCUGGGACCAUGUCCUGGCCAGGACACAGUGUCCUGCUACUCCUCACUUCUUGGCAUCUCUGCCUGGAUGUGUCCUUCCUCUGAUCUGUGUCUUUGUGCUCUAAGCACUCGAUAUUUUUGGGCAAGACAUUUCCUGAUUGCACUGUUCUCUGUGGACAUUUUUCCCUCUCUUCAUUAAUUGCUGAGCUGGGAGGAGCACUGUUAACUUUCUGAUUGCUGCUGCUUCAAGCUGUGCAGCUCAAAUAUGUCUGGACACCUCAUGCUGUUGGGACAUGACUUCUCUGUAGAGACUGAAAGGCCACUUAAGCCCCUCUUCCGCACCGAGAUGGGCUUUAGGCUUCUGCUCAACCCUGUGCAGCUUAACUGCUUCUGCUUUAGAAAGGGCCAAGGAUCCGUGGAUUCAGAGCCACUUGUGCCUCCUGCCAGCACAUGGCCCAGAAUCACUGGAGCGAAGAUAUGGCUGGCUGCAGGAGGUAAACUCCAAGAUAAACAAGCGUUUGAAGGAUGCCCUCUUCACAGAUCAGUGGAGUGAACUCUUCAUGGAUGUGCUGAGCCCCUUCCACUUCAUCCUGGUCAGCACAGUGAGGAUGCAAGGUGUGAUCCUGCUGGUGUUUGCCAAGUACUACCACCUGCCCUUCCUGCAGGACAUCCAGACAGACUGCACUAGGACAGGGCUGGGGGGAUACUGGGGCAACAAGGGUGGGGUGAGUGUUCGUCUCUCCAUCUUCGGCCACAUGGUCUGCUUCCUGAACUGCCACCUGCCAGCACACCUGGAGAAGGCAGAGCAGCGCAAGGAGGACUUUGCCACCAUACUGCACAUGCAGCAGUUUGAGGGGCCUGUGGCCAACGGCAUCCUGGAUCAUGACCUCGUGUUCUGGUUUGGGGACCUCAAUUUCCGCAUCGAGAGCCUGGACAUCUGUUUUGUGAAGUAUGCCAUUGACAGCAAUGUCCUAAGCCAGCUCUGGGAGAAGGAUCAGCUGAACAUUGCCAAAAGCACCUGGCCUGUUCUCAGAGGCUUCCAGGAGGGACCCCUGAACUUCCCACCCACUUUCAAGUUUGAUGUGGGCACCAACAAGUAUGACAGCAGUGCCAAGAAACGAAAACCUGCUUGGACCGACCGCAUCCUGUGGAAGAUAAAACCUCCCAGCAAGGGGUUGGGCACAGGUGGGCACCGGCCCAGCCAGGGUGUGCUGUCAGUAAGCCAGCUGUGCUACUGCAGUCACAUGGAAUACACCAUCAGUGACCACAAGCCAGUAGCUGCCAUCUUUGCUGUGCAGUUUGCUUCCAAGGUGGACAAGCCCCUGGUUGAGAUUUAUGUGGCUGAUGAGUGGAGCAGGCCUGAGCAAGCAGUUGUCAGGUACAAGAUGGCUGUUGGCUUCCACCGGAGCUCCUGGGACUGGAUAGGACUCUACCGGGUGGGCUUUCGGCACCCUAAAGACUACGUGUCCUAUGUCUGGGCUAGGAGUGAUGAUGGGGAGCGCUGCCUGGAGAAGCAGCUGUGUGCACAGGUGAUGUUCUCUGAGGAAGCACUGCCGAAGGGGAAUGGCGAGUACAUCCUUGGAUACUACAGCAACACCUCCAAUAGCAUCGCUGGUGUGACUGAGCCCUUCCAGAUUUCCCUACCCAGGUCAGAGGAGGGCAGCAGCUCUUCGGACAGCUCAGGCAGCAGCUCAGAAGAGGAUGACAGUACACUUGUCCUCCUGGCCCCUAAAUCCCGUAGCCCCAGCCCGGGCAAGAUGAAACGUCACCGGAGCCGAAGCCCCAGCCUGGCCAAGUUCCAGGGCCUCAUCCUGCGGCCAUCAAGCCGGGACAGGGGUACAAGCCGCAGUCCCUCACCCCAGAGCCGUCGCAGCCUCCCCAGGAAUAUCCCUACUAUCCAUCUGCCCCAGGAUGAGUUGGGACACCAUGCAGGAAAAAGCAAGGAGCUGGGACAGGCAGCCAAGAACCCAGAGGGCAGUUCGUUCUACCAGACUGUGCAGGAGCAAGGUGGCCUCCGGUGUGUGUCUGCUGACAGCUCCCUGGCCAGGGCUGACCCCCGGAACCUGGGCCUGCUGCCUGCAUUGCGCCUGGAGAUGAUUGACCAGGCCCUGGGCCAGCGGCAGGAGAGCUCAGACCAGGGCUAUUAUCCCUGCCGGAAAAUGAGCCCCACCAGCCCCCCAGGCUGUGGCACCUCCCCAAAGGAGGGGCACAGCCCCCAGGAACUGGACAGACAUAGCUAUGCCAUGGGCCACUGAUGUAGCGGCUCCCUUUCUCCUCCCCAUAGUGUGCUUGCUGUGUGCUUUCCUCUGCCACUUCCCCGCUGACACUCCCUACCUUAUUUAUUGCAGUGACUCCUCACCCCUGCUGUGUGCCUGGCAGGUAGAGGCCCCCCCCCUCGCUGCCCCCAGCCCAAGCUCCUGCCCUGGGCAGGGCUGUGAGGUGACAACACAGGGGAGGGUGGGCAAAGCUCGUUUGGGGAAUCCCUCAUGAACUUCCAAGUGCAGGACUCUUGUCCCGUGAGAGGAAUGCUGACCUCACACCUGAGGUCACACAAGAGGCCAGGGCAGGGCUCUGGCAGGAAUGGUGAAGGGCACAGAGCAAGGACCACCACAGGGUACCCUGGAGAUCAAAGCUUGCUCCUUCCCUGCUCUACCACUGUGCCUCAGCCUGAACAUAGUGCAAGUGACAAAAUAAAUGAUCCUGCCCA